UUCACAUGUGUGGCUUCGGAGCGUUCCACGGGAAACAGACGCGCGCGUACGCGCACGCGCACACACACGCACUGGGUUCGUAAUUGACCGCGCGCCCACGCCAGGACGCCCAGCAGACAAAUGUUUCCGCUUGCGCGUCCAUUGCGUCCUCUCCUCUCCUCCUCCUCGCCUGCUUCCAUUGACGCACACCUGGAGUUAACCUUCCAUUAAUCUUUUAUUGUUGACAUUUUUGCCAAGUCGGCGGCAUUUAUUGAAAAUCCACGCAAAUAUGCGCGCAGAGGACUCCGACUGACACACGCACACACCGCGUGCGCGUCCGUAGGGGACUAUAUCGGAGUGGGCUCCCUGAACGCAUCAUUUCCCACCGCGAUGUCCGCCCGGAAGGCAUCGUCGAAGAACGGGAAGUCCAAAUACGUGCUGGAGCGAGGCGCGUCCGUCAACGAGUAUUCUGACGUCGCCUACAAGGUGAUGCUGCUGGGAGACUCGGCCGUGGGGAAGACGUGCAUCUUGCUGCGCUUUAAAGACGGCGCCUUUGUGGGAGGAAACUUUAUCGCCACCGUCGGGAUAGACUUUAGGAACAAGGUGGUAGAUGUGGACAACCUGAAAGUCAAGCUGCAGAUCUGGGAUACAGCCGGCCAGGAGAGAUUCCGAAGCGUGACACACGCCUACUACAGAGACGCACAGGCAUUGCUGCUGCUCUAUGACAUCACCAGCAAGCCAUCCUUUGACAACAUCAGGGCUUGGCUCAAUGAGAUCCACGACUACGCCCAGCAGGAUGUGGUCAUUAUGUUGCUGGGCAACAAGUCGGACAUGGCCGCCGAGAGGGUGGUGAAGACCGAGGACGGGGAGAAGCUGGCCAAGGAAUACGGUGUUCCCUUCAUGGAAACCAGCGCCAAGACGGGAAUCAAUGUGGAGCUGGCAUUUCUGGCCGUCGCCAAGGAACUGAAGCACAGACACAGCCAGCAGCCUCACGAGCCCAAGUUCCAGAUCCAGGACUACAUCCAGUCCCACAAGCACAAGACCGCCUGCUGCAGCCUCGUGUAGCCACACCCGCGUCAGGCCGGGACACACACACACACACACACACACUUAUACACACUUACAUACAGAAGGGGAUGAAGGCAGGUGGGGGAGGGGGGAUAAGUGCAGCCAAUCCAGGCACUAAUCCUCCAACGUGAGCGUCGUCCUCUUCCCUGAUGAAUCUUGUGUGUGAAAUGUGAUCACCACGCUGUAGAAUAUGUUGUUGUGCUUUUUGUGUUCCAGGGUUUUUACUUUCAACAAUAUUUUCACCUUCUUCACCUGCGUACGCCAUGUUGACGGGUGUGUGACGAUAAACACUGUGUUUGCAGGUGUGUACGUGUGUGUGUGUCCUCCAUAAAAACAAGAAUCAAACAGUUUGGUGUCACUUCCUAUCCAAGGAGUGCCACGUUAAAUAGAGGUUUGACCUCAGAGGGCCAACAACAACAAUAAUAAAAUGUGAACAUUUUUAUUUACAGUGUGAAAUAAAAAUCUGUACAUUUGACAGAAAAAAC